AUCGAUCGGGCGAUCCGGUUCGGGCCCCGCCAUGUCGCUGCUGCCCCGGGGCCGCUCCUGCGGGGCUGCCACCGCCGCCACGGCCGCCCGGAGGCUGAUCCUGGGGCCUCAAGGGCGGGUGUCUGGGAGCCACGCGUGUAACCAGUACACAACAUCGGGGUCUUUGCCAGAGGAAAAAAAAGAGUUUCUGCAGAAGGGACCAGACCUGCAAGACUUUGUGUCUGGAGAUUUGUCAGACAAGAGCACAUGGGCUGAGUAUAAAGGCAAUUUAAAGCGUCAGAAAGGAGAAAGGCUGCAUCUUCCUCCGUGGCUGAAAACUAGCAUUCCCAUGGGAAAGAACUACAAUAAACUAAAGAAUACCUUGAGAAGUUUAAAUCUUCAUACGGUAUGUGAAGAAGCACGUUGUCCCAACAUUGGAGAAUGCUGGGGAGGUGGUGAAUAUGCUACAGCUACAGCUACUAUUAUGCUGAUGGGUGACACGUGCACUAGAGGUUGCAGAUUUUGUUCAGUAAAGACAGCAAAGAAUCCACCUCCACUGGAUCCUGAGGAGCCUUACAACACAGCAAAGGCCAUAGCUGAGUGGGGCCUGGACUAUGUUGUGUUGACAUCUGUCGACAGAGACGAUAUGCCUGAUGGUGGAGCAGAACACUUUGCAAAGACAGUCUCUCAUCUGAAAGAAAGGAAUUCAAAAAUUCUGGUGGAAUGCCUAACUCCCGAUUUUCGGGGGGACCUGAAAGCUGUGGAGAAAGUGGCUCUGUCGGGACUGGAUGUCUAUGCCCACAACGUGGAGACGGUGCCCGAACUGCAGAGGAAGGUCCGUGACCCCCGUGCCAACUUUGAGCAGUCCAUACGUGUGCUGAAACACGCCAAAAAGGUCCAGCCCAGAGUCAUCUCUAAAACCUCCAUCAUGCUGGGGUUAGGCGAGACAGAUGAACAAGUAUAUUCUACAAUGAAAUUGCUGCGGGAAGCAGAGGUAGAUUGUUUGACCCUGGGACAGUACAUGCAGCCAACAAAACGGCACCUAAAGGUUGAGGAGUACAUAACUCCUGAAAAAUUUAAGUACUGGGAAAAAGUAGGAAAUGAUCUUGGAUUCCAUUACACUGCUAGCGGGCCUUUGGUGCGCUCCUCCUACAAAGCAGGUGAAUUCUUCUUGAAGAAUUUGGUUGAAAAAAGAAAGACAAAAGCCAUCUGAAAAUGAGAAAGUGAACCUAUUUAAAGCAGCCAGUUCCUAGGAUCCUUUUUUUCAGCAUAUGAUCAUACUCAGUUCCAGAAAUGCAGAAGACCAGAUGGUGGAUGUAUGAAUAAAUUUACUAUAUGUCCAGAACACUUUUCUCUCUCUGAAACACUUUACAGUAUUUUACCUAAUUCCCCCUGGCAAGGCUACAACUGCCAUAGUACUUGUGGUGUUCAGCAAAGAUAGAACUGAUUCUGAAAGAGCAGUGGAACUGAGGUGGAGAAAUGUAAGCUGAAAAUAAAAAAAGGACAUAUUUGAGUAAACAGAUUUGAUACUACCAUCAGUAUUGCUGUAGGUAGGUACUUGUGAAGAUGCUAAUAGCAGGUAAUUUGAAAGGUACUGAUAUUUUGGUGUCUCUUGCUAUUAUGUGACACAAGUUCACAGAGGCUCUGGGAAAUAGAGGAAUUGUAAAAAUUGUGUACAUGACAAAGGACCAUAUUAGGGCUAUCUUGAACCACACCUGAGAAAGUAUGGGUUAUACUCUUUUAAGAGAUGGUAUUUCUUACCUGCAUCUUAAGAAAAUAAGCUCUAAUAGCUAGUGUUUUUCAGGUGUCUGCAUGUCUCAAAGUAGUAAACAAGGUGUCAAGCUGAACAGCCCUUUCUGUCAAGACAACCUUACAUACUCAAUGUAAUUUAAAUCAUAUGGAAAAAUCAAAAUCACCGUAACAGCAGAAAUAGAGCCGCCCCUAGUUUGGGUGCACAGCUGUAACAAACCCCACUGAGUUGCACAGGUGCUUCUGUGGUAUUUGGUAUGCAGAGCUCCUGCUGUUGUGUACUGUGCUUCUGCUCCACAGCGAUCAUCCUGACAUGAAAGGACAGUUAAAUACCCAGUGUAAGGGUCUGGUUGUGCUUGGUGGGUCUGGUUACCUGCCCCUUAAGACCUGUUCUGCCUGUUAGAUCUGAGUGCAGAGAGGUGAAUGCACCAUAAAUGAAAUGUGAAAUCCAUGAUGUACUAAGCUCAAACAGAAAUAAAAGCAUGGCUUAUGGUA